CCGGAGCAGCCGCAGCUGCGGGCGGGCAGGCGUGGGGAGCGGCGGCGGCGGUGUCUCGGGCUCCGGCUCCCGACCCAAGUUCUCCUUUUCUAUUUGCCGGUCAUCGAGCGGCUGUCCAGCAGGGCUGCGUCGGACCCCUCCACGUUGAGCAUCUACUCCCUUCCUCUCGGGCAGGCGCAGCAUUUUCCAGCCCUGUAGACGUAUCCUGGAAUGGGCAAUCUUCUUAAGGUCCUAACCAGGGAAAUUGAGAACUACCCACAUUUUUUCCUGGAUUUUGAAAAUGCUCAGCCCACGGAGGGCGAGAGGGAAAUCUGGAACCAGGUCAGUGCCGUCCUCCAGGAUUCAGAGAGCAUUCUCACAGACCUGCAGGCUUACAAAGGUGCUGGCCAGGAGAUCCGUGAUGCAAUCCAAAAUCCCAAUGACAUCCAGCUGCAAGAAAAGGCUUGGAAUGCGGUGUGUCCACUUGUCGUCCGGCUGAAGAGGUUCUAUGAAUUUUCCAUCCGGCUUGAGAAAGCUCUGCAGAAUCUUCUGGAAUGCCUGACAUGCCCACCCUACACUCCUACCCAGCACCUGGAGCGAGAACAGGCUCUGGCCAAGGAGUUUGCUGAGAUCCUCCACUUCACCCUACGCUUUGAUGAACUGAAGAUGAGAAACCCUGCCAUACAAAAUGACUUCAGCUACUACAGGCGGACAAUAAGCCGUAAUCGGAUCAACAAUAUGCAUCUAGACAUUGAAAAUGAAGUCAACAAUGAGAUGGCCAACCGAAUGUCCCUCUUCUAUGCAGAAGCCACCCCGAUGCUGAAGACGCUUAGCAAUGCCACAACAUACUUUGUGUCUGAGAACAAAACCCUGCCCAUCGAAAACACAACAGACUGCCUUAGCACAAUGAUAAGUGUGUGUAAAGUCAUGCUGGAGACCCCAGAGUAUCGAAGUAGAUUCACCAGUGAAGAAACUCUACUGUUCUGUAUGCGAGUGAUGGUCGGUGUCAUCAUUCUCUAUGACCAUGUGCACCCAGUGGGGGCCUUCUGUAAGACGUCCAAGAUCGAUAUGAAAGGCUGCAUCAAGGUACUGAAGGAGCAACCCCCAGACAGUGUGGAAGGCCUCUUGAAUGCCCUCAGGUUCACUACAAAGCACCUGAAUGAUGAGUCGACCUCCAAACAGAUCCGAGCCAUGCUCCAGUAGAGGCCUCUCUGCACUGAGGAUCCCACUGGGGCCCUGACCUCAGAAGAUGUAUAUGUUUACAUAAUUUAAUACAGAUUUAUGUUAA